AUGUCACUUAAAUUCGACAUGGACGCCACUGGCUCGUUUCUUGUAUCCAAGAGAGUUGCCCAGCAAGGCCGAAACAUGCACGUCUUUUCGAUUAUGAUCAAGCCUGACUAUCCGCGCCGUGACAAACCGCAAGCUAUACUGGCUGGAGGUUUCAAUCUAAACCAGAUACCAUUGACUGCAGCUACUUUCUAUCGCUGGUUGGAAUUCUCGGGCUGUAGCAGCCCCGUCAGUCGAGAACCCAUCAAGGAAAAGGUGGUCUUGCGGCGGAUAUCACUUGAAACCAUCGAGACUGUUCCUUUCAUGGUCCAAGGCGUAGAAGGCCCUCCAAUCGCUCGCGACUCGAGUGACCCGCUUGAGCCUGGAACAUACGGCAUUUUCUCAAUGGAUGGAGAACCAUACUCAUUGCAAACUCUUGGAUGCGCUGAAUAUGAGGCGGAAUCUUUCCGUGAUGAAGAAACGGUGCUUAGCAACAAGUACCCCGGGCAGAACGAUAUCCCCGCUGAUCUAUCAACACGCGUUCAGAGCCGCGACCAGCGGCGAUGCUGUAUUACUGGUCGGACUGACCUUCCAACCGAAAUUGUUUGGAUUUAUCCGCCUUUGUCCUCGUACUUCGUCGAUGGCACCAACCCAGUCAAUUUCGAUCAGUAUAAACAUGUUGACAAUCUUGUUACAGUAUGCACGGCUCUUGUGGACCCGCUCCAACGCAACCUAAUCAGUGUUGAUGUUGAGGACAACGCACGGAUUAUCAUCUUUGACAAGAUCACAGAUGAUAUAUCGAGACUAUUGCCUACAAACCUACAGACUCCGCUGCCUACAACGACAGUGCAAGACUUCUGGCGCAGGAACUUCGAUCGCACUCUCAGCCUGUACUUUCCUGGAGGCCAAGCCGGCCCUCCGGAUGUAAUUCAGCAUGCAACUAAGUGCUUGGAGCAGUUGCGCGGCGGCGCCACUCCCCGCACUCCGUUUAGGCGGCACUGGCGGGCCCUCCUUGGACAGGAGGUGAUGCAGGAGGUGAUCCGUGUGCACAAGGAGCAGACAGUGUUGAGUCGUAGAACAUAG